GAUGAGCCAGAGCGGCGUAUUACCCAAUUUCAUUACACGGACUGGCCUGACCAAGGCGUCCCUGCCAGCCCUCACUCCUUUGUCCAGUUUGUUCGCACCGUCAUGACCUCUCAGCAACGUGCGCAAGCCUCUCCACCGCUCCUGGUGCAUUGUAGUGCUGGGGUCGGCCGAACCGGAACUUUCAUC